AAUUAAAAUAUUGAAUCCUUCAUAACUUGUAAAUAUAGAUAGGCUGACUUGAAUAAUGUAACAAAAUUUUGUACCCCCACAGUCUAAUUAGUUCCAAUCUUCAAAAGAAAAAGUAUACUACAACAACGUUCAAAAUCUUGGUCUUGUCUCAUCUAUACAAUCAAUGCUUCCAUUUCCCAAGCUAUGUUUCAUUCUUUUUCUUGGCUUCUUUUUUCUUCCAAUUUUGGUCCCUGCUUUGAUUGUCAUCUCAAUGACUUUAAUCUUACUAUUUCCAGCAUGGUCAGUGUGCAUGUUUGGUUUAAUAUUGCCAGAGAUUACGUAUAAAUGUCCCAAAAAGAUCACUCAUUCAAUUGAAGGAAGUGAGGAGAGCCAAAUUAGUUUGGAAUUGGACCCUUCUGAAUUUCCUUUUGAUCUUAGUGAAUCAGAAGAAGAUGAAUCUGGGACGGAUGAAACAUACAUAGUUUGUAUUGAUCAAGAAUCGAGUCGUAUGACAACAUUUCCUAAGAUUCGUGGACAAAAAUCGUUUGAUGCAUUGAUGUCAUUUUGGAGAAGGCAAGUUGAAGAAAAGUAGCACAAAUGUCAAAAGACCACUGUGGUUUCUUUUCUGUUUUGCUUGUGUUAAGUGUCUAAAAACAAUAAACUGCAAAAAAGUUUGCAGUAAUAAUAACGAAACCAUGUUAUUUCUUCCAAAAGCGUACACAAGGGAGUGUUUUUAAACUGUUUUAAUCUAUCAUGCCAUGGUGCCAAGAAAUAUGAGCUGAUUAUUUAGGAGGUCACUCAACUAAUAAAAUUGUGCAAAAAAUCGCUUUUCUUGUUUUGAAACACAAAAGUCACUCUAUUUUUGUCAUUUCAAGUACAAAGUCACUCGCUACACUCACAUAACAUUUCCGACCACUUAGCUGAUGUGGCAAUUUUUUA